UCCUUGUAGCUAUGGAAACUCAUCAGCGGGCAGCAUCCUCCCGUUCGUCUACCCCGUCGUCUGGAAAGCUAAGCUCAAUUUGUAUGUAAAACAUCGGUUCAAAUGGCGAUGGGACGUCGUCAAACGCUUUCCUUGUUGCUAUUCUCAUGGCUGUGCAAGAGUGCAGCUUUUGCUGUUAUACUCCGAACAACUGAAAAAUCUGUAUGGACAAAUGAAUUUGAGUCAAUUGAGUUGACCUGCUUGAUAGAGUCCAUUUCCACAAACAAUCCCAGAAUUGAAUGGAAGAAAAUUAAAAAUGGUGUACCCAGCUAUGUGUAUUUCCAAAAUAAAAUUUCUGGUGACUUGGAGCACAGGGCUUUGCUGAGAGAGCCUGCAAACCUUCUGAUCCUGAACGCCAGCAGAUCGGACACAGCUCAGUAUCGCUGUGAGGUGGCGGCCAUCGACGACCAGAAGCCCUUUGAUGAAAUACUAAUCAGUCUCGCUGUAAGAGUGAAGCCGGUGAUGCCCAGGUGUAGUGUUCCUGAGGCAGUUACAGUGGGCUCAAGCACUGAACUGCGCUGUAUUGAGAACGAAGGCUUUCCACAGUCACAGUAUCAGUGGUUCAAAAACAACGAGGAGCUGCCAGAAGACCCAAAAACCAGCAGCAAGUUCUACAAUUCUUCAUACACCAUGAACACUGAGACUGGUUCGCUGAAAUUCCGGUCGGUGAAGAAAGAGGAUGCAGGUGAAUACUUUUGCCAGGCCAGGAAUGAGGCAGGAUGGUCAAAAUGUAGUCCUCAGACCAUGGAAGUUUAUGAUCUGGACGUUGUGGGAAUAUUCCUGAAGGUGUUAGGUGGAGUGGCAGCGUUUAUAUUUGUCAUUGUGGCGAUCUGUCAGAUUCAGAAAAGUGGCUACUGUUCCUGCAAGGAUCAUAGGGAAACCAAUUACAAAGUACCCCAACAUGACAACAGGAUGGACUAUGCCAGUCCAGAUGAGGGACAUUUCCGCCACAAGUCCUCCUUUGUCAUAUAAAAUCAAAGAAGAGGAGACGAGCGCUUCAGUCGUGCAAAUGCCUUGUGAGCUGACUUUUGAACUGUCAAAUUCUGCUUUUUAUGCUGAGGCUUGCCAAAGUUAUCAAACAGGGAAUUUUUACUCCCCUUAUUUUGAUUUAAACAGACAGGAAUCAAACACAGGUUUACUUAAAACUCAGUUUAUAUGUGAAAAUGACAUUCAACUGAACAAAACUAAGAUUUAUAGCUAUUACAUGCAUCUUGUAAAGUACAAAAAAAGAAAUUUGCUUCAACAAAUCAAAAAGGAUUGAACUUAAGAAGUAACAUACUGUAAAAGAUGCGUUUGUUAAGUAUUUUUAAAUAAUUGUGAAUUUCACAAUGUCAGUUGCAGACGUCAAAUUGUAGCAAGGUCGAAAUUGCAUCCAGGUGCUGCUGUAUUUUUGCCUAAAAGUAAUCAACACAUAAUACCAGUGCAAGAAUUUACAUGUCUUCAAGGCAAAUAUUACAUUUCCCACUGGAAAUAUAGUGUGUGACUAUAUGAAGAAUCCUUUCAGUGUAAAUGUGUACAAUACCUUGCCAAGACUGUUUUAUCUGGGUCACUUUUGACAAGAGGAUUUUAUGUGUUAGAGUUUCAGCCGUGGUUAUUUAGUUCACGAACUAUACAUUUGUAGCAUUUAAGUUUGAUAUUUAAUCAGACAUCUCCGUAAAGUCAGUAGACUUGGUUGUAGAAGAUGAUUCAUUUACUUUUUUGAAAUAUUCCUCUAGAUACAGAUUACGCACUUGUAGGUUUUUCAGAGUGCCAUUUCUGUGUUUAAGUGACCUUCAAUGCUUUCUAAUUGUUUUAUACGUUUUGGACAUAUUGUCCGGGUUUUCUGACUCAGUGUUAUUGUUUUAAUCUAUUUAUAAUAUCUACGUCUAUUGUAGUUCACUCCAGAGUAGUAGUUAGAUCGUGGGCCGUGUCACAAGAAUAAAACUGAUUAUGUGGAAGCAGU